GUAAUCUGAUAACAUCUCGCUCGUUGCGCAUAUAAAAUCAUUAAAAAUAUAUACUAAAAAUAAAUAAUUUAAAUAUCUAAAUAGAAUUUGGGAUGGAACGAUAUUCAUAGUGCUAUCAAGCUUAAUUAUUAAGGAAAAUUAUUUAAAAAGUAAAAGAUUAAAUAUCAAUCAAGUUUUUCUUAACUAAACUAAACUUCGAAAAAGAAAUUCUAGAAAUUUCAUUGUCGUAUUAUUUUUAAUUAUAACAUGUGUCGUAAACAUGAAAGAUAUUUUCAAAUAAAAAAAGAACUGACACUCGAUACUUACAAUACUACAAUUGUAUGCGAAAUCGAUAUCGGAUCGUAAUAUGUCAGUUUCUAAAUUUUCUGUAACGUUCAACGUAUCGGAUAACCUAUUUAUUUUCAUUUGCCAUAGCGUUACAUUUUCAUAAUUUUUUUAUCUAUUCUCGUUUUAUCACUCUAUCGGUAAAUAAAGAAGUAAAAGAAAAAAAAAUAUGGUUCAAAUAAACGAGGAUGACUUCAGUUUGGCUUGCAUUAAAGAAAAAGUCGUUAACGUGAAACGUAAUUGUGAUUGCUGUGGUCGCCUCACUUUUCCCAGUUGCGAUACGGUGUGCAUCGAUAAAACGAAGAAAAAUGAUACGAAAUGUUGCAAUAGAAAAUAUUCCGAAGAAUCGACCUGUCAAUCGUCCUUGACGUCUUACGAUAGGCCCAAAAGGAAACAAUGCGUUCGAUCGAUUGCAAAAAAUUGUAAAAAACCUACGAUUGAAUGUACAAGAAUAAAAAAAUGUAUAAGAGAUCAUGUGGUUGAAGCUGACUAUCUAAGAGGAAAACGAUCUAUUCAAUCAAUUGCAAAAAAUUGUAAAAAACCUAUGAUUGAAUCCGCAAGAAUCAACAAAUGUUUAAGAGAUAAUAUGGCUGAAGCUGACUGUUCAAAAGGAAAACAAUUUGUUCGAUCGUUUGCAGAGAAUUGUAAAAAACCUAUGAUUGAAUGUAUAAGAAACAAAAAAUGUAUAAGAGAUCAUGUGGCUGAAGCUGAUGUUUGUCAAGAUGGCGAAAGAAUUAAAGCGUGUAAAAACGCUCAAUAUAAUAAAUGUAACGCUUCUUUAUCUUCGUCGAAUUCUACGAAUGGGGAUCGUAAUAACGUCUGUAAAAAUUUUUCUUUGGAAAAAAUAAAAAUGGAUUACGAAGAUACUUUUCCAAAAAAAAAUUCGUGUAUAAAGUUUGGUUGCCUCGAAUUGAAUGAUCCUGAUGUCUGCGAACGUAUACCAUCUAUCAUAAAACAUAUCGAGCAAUGUAAACAGAAUUUUUUAGAAAUAAUCAAAGCCUCUUUGAUAAAUAUUGGAAAAAGUAAUGAUCCGGAGAAAAUAAUAGCUUCGACUUUACGAGCUGCCCGUGCUAAUGAACUCGAAAAUUCCUUGAAGGAACAAAAAUGGAGAAAUUCAAAUGUGUGCGAAUCUUCAUCAAGUCGUAAUGAGUUUGAAUCCACAAAGAAUUUAUGUAGAAACGAUUUUCUCUCUGCGGCUUGGACAGAGUUCAAGAAAUAUUAUAGAUCGCAUAAAUCGAAAGUUUGUGGGCCAUGUGGCGUCGAUAAUGCUGUACCUUGCAUAAAAACGAACGAUAGGUAUAAACCAGAAGUUUGUGGGCCAUGUGGCAUCAACAAUGCUGUACCCUGCAUAAAAACGAAUGAUAGAUAUAAACCAGAAGUUUGUGGGCCAUGUGGCGUAAACAACGCUGUACCUUGCAUAGAAGAGAAUAUGUUCAAACCGGAAGUUUGUGGGCCCUGUGGCAUUGACAAUGCUGUACCUUGCAUAGAAUUAAAGUCGCAAGGUUACAAAAACGAGGAAAUCAGUGAGUUCGUGAAGCUCAUAGAUUUGAAAUUGAGGGAAGAACUUACGAAGAAUCUUCGAAAAAAAUUAUGCUGUGAUGAUACGGUCGAACUGAAGAAUUCUUAUUAUUGCGUGGCGACGCUUUGUCCGUGUAUGACAAAGAAUUAUAGUUUGAAAGGUCCUCUUGUACUUGGACCAUUUAAUUUUGGUACGCAGGACGAACAGAUCGACGCGUGUCAAGACAAAUCGAAGAAAUCUGAAAGCAUCUGCAGUUCUUUGGAUACUCUUGAAUCUUUCCAUUAUUCUCAAUGCAUAAUUGACAGCAAUAAUUCUAUGAAUAUCUCCGCGAGUUCGGUUUGCUCACAAUUAGUCGAAUGUAAUGGAGCUGAGCCAACGGUAUAUUGCGAUUUUUCGCCAAAGUGUAAACAUCGAGAACCCAUCGUUCUCGAUCAUAAUUGCAGUUAUGUAUCCUGUCCGGACAGAAGAGCUGAAGAACAUUUGGAAAAAUCAUAUACGAAGAAAUCGGAGGAAGUUGCAAAAUGGGGCAAGUGUCGCAACAUGUUCAAUUCGUCGUCAAUGAAAGAAAACAAAAAACUGAAGACAUGCAAAGAAAUGGGUCUUGGUAUGGAACAACUUGAAAAAGAGUCGAAAGAAAUUAUUUGUAGGCGCGAGAACGGCGACGAAGAGGAAUAUUUGUUAACUCAUGUGUGUGGUUUGGAUGAACCAUGCGCAUCGAAAUUGCAUAUAUGUAAACACGAAGAGGACGUAUGUAAGAAUAUUUGCAGUAGAUCCUCGCAUAUUUGUCGAGUCGGUCUUGAUGAAGUCUGUAUUAGCGGUGAUAAUUUUGAUAAUUUGGAGAGAUUUGAAAAUAUUGGAAGUUGUGGAUUUGCUAAACUCUGUCGAAAGCUUUUUAAAUGGGUCCAUUGCAUAUCAAAAAAUUGGAAUGAAAUAAGAAGUCAUCCCUAUAUCGUCGUUCAUUUACCUUCUUUGAGUUACUCCGACAAAUUGAGGUGUAGAGCAAGAAAGACCUUCGAUUUUUUGCAAAACAUUCAAGUUACCAACGUCUUACACAUCCUAUUCUCGCAUCAAACUUCAAAAUGAAGAACACACGAUUUUCUGCAGGUAGGUCGCAUAGGAUGGUUAGAUGAUUCAAACGUUCAGAUACUUUACGUUUUCCCGACACCGCAAAGCGAGGAAUUGUUGACGAUCUUGAAAAAUUUAAUAGUCAGUGUACGUCCGGAUAUCGAUAUAUCGAAGAGAUUGUGGAUGCUAGAACCGGAACCAAAAUGGUAUAUUUUUCUGUUUAAAUUUAAGCCGAACCGAAUUAUGUACGUACAUAUGAACCAUUGACUCUCUUUUAUACUACAGAAUAAGAGAAUUGUUAUAUCACGGUAAAACGCAACACUGUGAAUAUGAAUGUGAAUCUCAUUGAAGAUCGUUUGUUUUUGCAGUCUUUUGAAAAAUUGUGUUAGCGGUAGCGCCAAUUUAUUUUUUUCAUCGGACGUCUAUCGAAGAAUCCGAUACUUAACAGCUGGUAGACAUGCUUUCAUUUUACCCGGAGUGAUAGAUCAAAAAAAUAUCUUCAUUGCUUGCGAAUUACAAAUACCGAUAAUGGGUAAAUAAUUGUAAAAUCAUUAUCAUACGAAAUUGUUGUUUCGGUUUAUUUGGUCAUUGCAAUGAUUGCAUCAUAGCCGUACAAGAUAAGACAGAGAAACGGGUGGUUAUAAAAAUUGAUUUUUUCAGACAUCUUUGGAUAACGUGAUUAUUUCGUCACCAUUUCAACAGCGUGACUAUUGUCGUGUUCACACAAUAAAAUGAUUUUUUGUUAAGAUAA